AUGCUGGAAGAUCGCCAGUCACUUCAGCCCAGGCGUGUGCCUCAUAUCUUCUUUCUCGUCAAGUGCAAAAUGACGCACGUUCAACAUGUGGAGGAAUUGAUUCGAGAAUACUUGGUAUUUCGCGGUUAUUCAAGCGCGCUCAAAGCAUUUGAUGCUGAGCUGAAGAAUGAAAAAGAUCGUGGCCUCCGGGUGGAUCGGAUUGUUGACCAGAUCAUGACUUCCAUAAAUCUUUAUGAUCUACAGUCCUUCAAAGAUACUUGGUCCCAUUUGGAGAUGAAGCUCUUUUCUCGGUUGGAACACAGCUCUGUGCCAGCUGUCAAGAAAUUGGAGAAUGCUCUCCUGAAACGUUAUGUGAUGAAUGUAAUUCAGAAUGGAAAGCAAGACAAGUUGAUAGAAUUCUUUGAGAAGAUGGGCCCAGAACUUCAGGGCCAAACAGAAUGGAAGGAUUGGUUUGUUCUUCCAUUUGUGAAGAAUCCUGAAGAUAAUCCAGCUUUUGCAGUCUACUUCACAAGGCAGUGGCAGGACACCCUGACUAUAUCCCUCCAUAACUUUUUAGCCAUUGCUUUCCAGGCCAUGCCCUUACCAAGAUUAUGCAGUUAUGAAGAUGAAGCUAGCAGAAUGAAUGCACUUGUUAAGGAAAAUGAAGCUCUCACUGCACGUUUGAAAGAUGCUUCUGUGCAGCUGGCUUCUCCGGAGCUUCCCCCAAGGGGUGAGAUCAUGGAUGACUUCUCUGCUAUUGCAAAAGAAAACAGCUCAGGAGAAGGUCAGGGAAAAUUGCUGAAGAACUUCAUUAAAAACAUCAGCACUAACAUAAGUGGCACUGCUGUUUCAGAAGUCCCUGUACCCAAGAGAGGGCAGGUUCCAAAUAAUGCAUGGAGACAUUCUCCAAUAUCUGAACCUGUUGAGCACAAGAGCAGAGAAUCAUCUGGAAGGGAUUCCUAUAGCAGAGAGAUACCACGUGAGAAACACCCACCUGUGAAGCGACUGUCACAGUCAGUCCCUCCUCAAAAGCUGUUGGAGAAUGCUCCUACAUCAUCAUCUGAAGUAUCUCAAAGUCCUCAUUCUGCGGAGAGAACGCCAUUUCUCCUCCUGAGUCAGGAGGAGUAUCGAGAUCAUAAGAGUGUGAUCUGUCAGUGCAAAUUUAAUGCUACUGGAUCAUUAGUGGCUUCAUCUGAUGUGGAUGGAACCUUGAAAGUUUGGACUUGCACACCAUUACAGACAGUUGCUGCUCUAGUCUUCAAGGAUGCAGUCACAUGCUUAGAUUGGGCUCCCAAGAGAGAAAGUCUUCUGCUUCAUGGGACUAGAAACGGUUCCUUCCGUGUAUAUGACACAAAGGAAAAGAAGUGUAUUUAUGAAAUGGGCCCUGAACAACAUCCUGCAUUCCGGGAUAAGAGGUUGAUGACUAUCCGUGUGAGCCCCACAGAAAAUGUAGCUGCUAUAGCUGUUGGACCACAGUCACGUCCUGGUCCAGAUGGUCGUCUACUCAUCUGGGAUAUGAGGAAUUCAGACUUUGAAGUGGGUUUGGUUUCUCUGUUGAGGCAACUGUCUCUUGACCCUACUCCCACUGUGGUGAAUUCCUGUGCAUUCAACCACAAUGCACAGUUGCUGUUUGCUGGAUCUGGGGAUGGGAGAGUCAGGAUUUUUGAUCUCAGGCAAUCUGAAUGUAUUGCCUCCUGGGUUGCACACAUUGGAGAACUGUUUUGCAUGCAGAUAGCUCAUGAUGAAACUUCCUUGUAUACCCUUGGAUCUGAUGGGAAGUUUCAAAGUUGGAGCUUGACCCAGACUAGUAGAAAGUUGUGGGAGACAGCACUGCAUGAAAAAGCAACAGGUCCCUUCAUGAUUCAGCCUACUGGUCAAGGUGGAAGACUGAUUCAACAUCAUCCCUAUGGCAGUUUGUUUGCUCUUGAUGGUGAUGGUAAAAAUGUUCUCACUGCAUCAUCUGAUGGUGGAGUUAUAUACAAGAUAUGCAAUUCAUCCCAGACCCUGGAACGAAUUCUGGUAUUGGGUGGCCACAAAGCCAGUGUAACCACAGUGGAUUGGUCUGUGGCCAUGAAUUGUGGAACUUGUCUCACUGGAGGAUUGGACGGGAAAAUCCGGGUAUCCACACUUCUUACCAUUGUCCUGUCUGAAAGAACAUGUGCAUAUCCUAUUGCCUCCAAUUCCGAACUGAGUUUUGUGAAGACAUUGGCCUGGUUCCCAAGUAUCCACAAUAACAGGAAUCCCUUGUUGGCUGUUGGUCAAGUCAAUGGUCAAGUUAUACUCACAACUGUUGGAUCUCCAUCAGACGAUGCACGCAAUCUAGUUGGCAGAGAACUUAAUUGUGGUGGUAUAAGCAGCCAAACUGCUCCAACUAAGGGUGUGUUUGGUGUCUGUAUGGAUCCCCAUAACAGUCAUCGACUGGCUUCUUACUUUGAUAAUCAAACUUAUAUUUGGGACCUCAGGAACUUUGAACGACCUGUUCAUAUAAUCAAUGAAUGCAAGCCUGUGAAUAAAUUGGCCUGGUGUCCUACUCGAAGUGGCCUCCUGGCAUGCAUUCAUAAAGAUGGGAUGGUACUGAGGCUAUAUGACAUUCAGCAGGGACUGAGUGAUGACUUGGAUCCAUCUGUUUUGGAGAGGACAUUGUGUCCUCCUCUUUACUCUUCCAGUUCUAUGUUCAUGUCAUUUUCAUGGCACCCUGUAGAUGAGAACCGGAUGCUAUUGCUGCAAAGUCUAGACAAUCUCAUAGAUUACAUAGCAAAUGAGCGUUUUACUCUGAGUUGGUCUCCCUUGCUGGAUGUUGGGUGGACACAGGGAAAGAAGCUCCUUCAGUUUGCAUCUCCUUGUGAUGAAGUAAUCGAUACCAUUUGUGAAGAUGUGUCAUCUGUGAUGCGUAUUCGUGCUUUGCAAGGUUAUGGAUUGAUGACAGAAGAUCUGAGUGCCAAUGGUAAAUUAGUACCAACAGGUCCACUCCAGCAGGCCUGGCAAUGGCUGGAGUCCAGCAGAUGCUUGCAGAAUGAGGCUCCAACUCGUCUUGUUAUGGCCACAGGAGCCAACUAUGCCCAUAUUGGUAUCAGGAAGAGACAUCGAUUCCAUGUAACCCCUGUGCUUCCAUUGAUCCGCCAUCCAGGGGUUAGUUCUAUCCUGUGUGGGGAAGCUGAAAAUCACAAAGUUUUGCAGAAGUCAGAAUUGGUACGUCUCCCUUGGUCUGGUUUGGAGCUAGGACCAAGAACUGUGUUGGCGCAUGUUUACCAAACUGAACAUCGAACCUAUGCACUUAAGCUGUGUGGUUGGGGGUUUGACCGAGAUGGGUCCUCUCUCAGCUUCUUCCUGGAUAGGCUGGAGAGUGAGGGAUCAUACUCAAGAGCUGCAGCUAUAGCUAUUUUUCAUCUUAAGGUGCGCCGUGCAAUGCAAAUACUGCAGAAGGGAGCAAGCAUGGGGAAUCCAAUGCUUACCACUGUUGCCAUGGCUCUGUCAGGAUUCACAGAUGACCGCAACACUCUUUGGCGGGAAACAUGCAUAAAGUUACGAGCUGAGCUUGGAGACCCCUACUUGUCUACAAUGUUUGCUUUCCUCACUGCUGAUGGUGAUAAUUAUGACCAUGUCUUGAAUGAAAAAGGCAUUGCUGUGAAGGACAGAAUAGCCUUUGCCCUGAUCUUCUUGCCUGAUGAACAAUUGGUGGAGUUCUUAGCGAAGUUGACAGAGACUCUUAUGUCUUCAGGAGACUUGAAUGCAUUCAUCCUCACUGGUCUUACUCCCCAAGGCCUGGAUCUCCUUCAAAGAUACUUAGAUCUCACUGGAGAUGUUCAGUCUACUUGCCUCAUUGCAUUGCAUGACUCCUUGACAAGGGAUCCCAGGGUUCCUCAAUGGAUUGACAGCUAUCGCUAUCUGCUGGACAGCUGGGGCCUAUGGAAUGAGAGAUGUCUCUUUGAUGUUCAUGUUGUGAAAUUGGAUCAAUCACUCUUGCCUUCACCUCAGGUAUAUGUGUCAUGUAGCUUCUGUGGAAAGGGAAUCUCAUCCAAUGCUAGCCUAGGAAUUCCCCUCAGUGACUCAGGAAUGAUGCGAAUGGUUCCCUCAUCACAUUCAUUGGACAAGCUCAAGGGUCCGUUCUGUCCAUCCUGCUGGAAACCCCUCCCAAGAUGUGCUCUCUGCCUGGUUCCUAUGGGAACAACAUUAGAGACUCCUCUUUUGCUGGGAUUGAGUGAAAAAAAGAAUUCUGCAAUAGCUAUGUGGUUCACAUGGUGUCAGAGUUGUCGCCAUGGAGGCCAUGCUAUGCACAUGGAGCAAUGGUUCAAGAAGAGUAUAGGAGCCAUAAUCAACAUGGGAGUUCAGAGGCUCCUUCGACUUGUGCCAACAUCACAUUGUCGCAUGUAUUCGUCCUUGCUGGAUUCACCACUGACAUUCCAAGUGUCCUCAAAGUACAAAUGUCGGACAGCCCUAGUUGACAGGAAUGGAUCUUACUCAUAUGGUGUACCAUUGAGUUUGAGCCAUCCGUCAUCCUUGCUUGAGUACUUCAUCCGGGACUCAGCUGCCUCUUUGAUUAUCUCAAGUCAAGACUUGUUAGAUAAAGUGGAAUGCUUGCAAGACAUACCAAAGCUUCCCUUUGACUCACUGCAGUUUCCCAAACUUCUGAAAUCUGAGUCAGAAAUGAAGAAUACAAGCAUAGUGGUAGAAUCUCCAGCUAUAAUGAUCUACACCAGUGGAACCACUGGACCCCCAAAAGGAGCUUUGUUGUCCCAUGAGAACAUAAUGGCAAAUAUCAGGGCAUUGGUUGAAGCAUGGGAGUGGAAAGAAUCUGAUGUGAUCCUACACACUCUUCCCUUGCACCAUCUACAUGGCAUUUUUAAUGCCCUUCUCUGUCCACUGCAUGUUGGAGCCAAGUGCAAGAUGCUUUCUCACUUUGAUGCCCAGCAAGUGUGGGAGGAACUUCUGGCUGGGGAGGUGACUUUAUUCAUGGGAGUACCCACCAUGUAUUCCAAGCUGAUAAAAUUUUAUCAAGAGCACAUUGCUUCCUCAAGGGAGAAGAGAAGAGUUGUACGAGAUGCAUGUCAAAAGAACAUCAGGUUAUUUGUGAGUGGUUCUGCAGCUCUGCCUCAGCCAAUAUUUGACAUAUGGGAAGCCAUUACUGGGCACAAGAUUUUGGAGCGGUAUGGAAUGACAGAGAUAGGCAUGGCAUUGUCCAAUCCACUCCAUGGUAAACGUGUCCCAGGUAGUGUGGGAAUGCCUUUGGCAGGUGUGGAGGUCCUGAUGUCUACAGAACAAGAACUACUUGUAAAAGGACCAGCAGUGUUUCAGGGAUAUUGGGACAAGCCAGAGGCAACUGCUUCAGCAUUUACUCCUGAUGGAUGGUUUAAAACAGGUCAUCUUCAAGUGGGUCAGGAAAAUCCUAUUUUGCUCAUGGAAGGGGAUGUGACCAAGGUUGAAGAAGGGCGGUACUUCAUUCUUGGUCGAUCAUCUGUGGACAUCAUCAAGAGUGGAGGCUAUAAAAUAAGUGCAUUGGAUAUUGAGAGGCAUCUUCUCUCUCACAACCACAUCUUGGACUGUGCAGUCUUUGGUCUUCCAGAUGAGUUAUGGGGAGAACGGGUUGCUGCUUUGGUGGUAGCAUCAGAUGAGCUAUUGGAUGAAGAAAACCUACAAUCCUGGUUGAGAGACAAGUUGCCUGGAUAUGCCAUCCCAAAGGAAAUCCAAUUUGUCAAUGAAAUCCCUCGCAAUCUCAUGGGGAAGAUCCCAGCUCAUUUGAGGGAGUUCUCGGUCCAACCGCGGUAUGUUAGAGGUGAAUUGAACUGGGAUAUUAAGAGGAAAAGAUUUUCGUUCCACAAGAUGGCCGAAAAUACCGAAGUGCUGGGGGGAAAAGACCUUCAGAGUUAUGCAGAUAAAAGAUUGGGAAAAUCGGAUGACCCGUGGAAUGCUCGAAUCCUGGCCUCUUCCCUUCACCUGUCCCUUCCUGCUAUCUCAUUGGUCUUCAGCCGGAGUCAUGCGACUUACGUGGAGAAUGGGUGCGACAUCGGGCCGCUGAGGUGGAAUGAUGACAUCACCGUGCCCUCCGAAAGAGGAAAGGACCACUGGCUCCAUCUACCUCCUCGCUCCCUUAGAGCUUCGUUACACGAGGAGAUAGAGGAUUUCUUCGAAUACAUGCAACUCUCACCCAUGGAAAGGGCUAUGAGAGAAUGGGUAGUUCUACGGAUCAAGAAAACCAUCAGUUGCUUGUGGCCUGAAGCUCAUGCUGAAGUAUUUGGAAGUAUGAAGACAGGCUUGAUGUUGCCAACAAGUGACAUUGACAUUGUUGUGUUUGGGAAAUGGCCAACGCAUCCCUUGCACACAAUGGAGAGAGCCCUUCGAGAACAUGGCAUUGCUCGACCACAUUCCAUUAAAGUCCUGGAUACUGCCUCAGUACCCAUUAUUAAAAUGAUUGAUUCAGAGACUGACAUCAAAGUUGACAUCAGCUUUAACAAGACCAAUGGUGUCAAGUUUGCUAGCUUCAUAGGAGACUUCAUUGUGCGUUAUCCAGUACUUCCCAAGCUACUUAUUGUCCUCAAGGAGUUCAUGUCUGAACGAGAUUUGAAUGAGGUGUUUACUGGAGGUAUUGGAUCUCAUGCCCUUACUCUGAUGACCAUCAGCUUUCUUCAGAUGAAACCUCGAAUGGAUCCUGUGGACAAAGCAAGUGAUGUCAAUCUGGGAGUUUUGCUCAUGGAAUUCUUUGAGCAUUAUGGAAGGCAUUUCAACUGGUCGAAGACAGGCAUUAAAUUCCAACGUGAUAAAUCCUGCUACAUCAACAUUGAAGAGCCUACCAACCUCAAGGACUAUGAGUCGGCAAAUGCGAUAGAUGAACUGGAGGAUGGAGCUAAGGGUAGAGGCAUGGUGGUGAUGCACAUGACCUUGAAGCAGGAUCAGAGGAUUGAGACUCCCUCACCUCCGGCAUACAUAGAGGAUCCUGUGACAGGUGGGAAUACAGCAAAGAAUUCCUAUCGCAUCAAGCAAGUUACCCAGGCAUUUGAAUACGCUUUCCAAGUCCUACAGGCAGCAAUGAAGGGCUUGCUUGCUGUAUUGCAUUCUUGUAAUGAAUCAAGCUUACUGGGGAGAAUAAUCCAUGUGUCUGAUGAAGUAGUAGAAUAUCGUCAAUGGGUUUCAUCACAUAAUGGAGACGAAUGUGAUAUGCCAAAUGGCCAGUCUGGUGUGAAAUUGACUCCUCAUAGUCUUCAGUCACAAGGGAGCCUGAUUGAAACUGAAGGCUUACAUGGUUGUAAGGAUUUGGUGCAAGAUAAGGUGAUUGCAAACCCACCAGCAACCACAGCCAUAGCAAGUGCAAUAAAUUCUAGUCCCAGACAACCCUUAGGAUCUGUGGUUACCCAUGCUUCUCCUCUAGUGAAUGCAUUAGACUCAAGUCCUCCCUGCAGUGUGGACCGAGCUACUCAAGUGCCCCUUGCUUGUGAACCCAUCCCAGCCUCACACACUCAUGAGUUAUCAAGACAAAGUGGAAAGGUAGCCUUGUGGGUGAAGAGAUCAACUCCACCUUCUACAGCUGUCAUUGGAGGAUAUGAUCUUAGGCGCUCUCCCUUCUACAUUGGCCGUGUCAAGUAUCAAGGGUACCAGAUUGUGGGGAGACUUUGUCCUCAGCAACAAUGUUGUUUCAUAGUAGUUGACAACAAGGAACUAGCCCUUCGCUGCUAUGAGAUUUUAGCUAUGUAUGAAUGGGCCAAAUUGUCUCCUGCGGUGCGGCAGGCUGUUUGGAACAGUUGUGAUGGCUCCCUUGAUGGACUCCAAUCACCUUCCAAGGAUGGUCAAGAGAGAUUGAGAGUUGACAGCCAAAGUUUUGACCGGGUUCUGCCGGAUCUAGAUACAAGUCUUCAGUGGGUACAAAUGUCUAAAGAUUCUCCCAUACCUCUGCCAGCAGUCCAGGGUGGCUGCAAUGCUGCUGGCAUAGACCUGCAUAUUGGGCGUGUUGUGUUCAAUGGCAUGGUUAUUCCUGGACAGGUGAAUCAUUCUACCCGCAUCUGCUCUAUAUCGCUGAAUGGACAAGUGUUUCACUUUGACAAGGAUCCAAUCAUGGAGAAAUUACAACAGCGUAUCAAUGAAUUACAAGAGGAGUUAACAAGAUUGAAGGAGGAAGCCAAGCAGGAUUUGAUAAAGUCUAGGAGAACCAAAAUUGAAACUAUGUCUGCUGAGGUGGUGGAUUCCAAUCCUUAUAGUCGCCUCAUGGCAUUGAAGCGUAUGGGGAUUGUGCGUGAAUAUGAGCGAAUACGAGAGUACACAGUAGCUGUUGUUGGUGUUGGAGGUGUAGGCAGCGUCACUGCAGAGAUGCUAACAAGAUGUGGAAUUGGAAAGUUGCUACUGUUUGACUAUGACAAAGUGGAACUAGCCAACAUGAACCGCUUGUUCUUCCAACCUAAUCAGGCUGGUCAAAGUAAGGUUGAAGCUGCUGCUGAAACACUAUCUUUCAUCAAUCCAGAUGUGGCUUUUGAAACAUACAACUACAACAUCACAACAAUGGAGAACUUCCCUCAUUUUGUCAAUUGCUUGAGAUAUCUUCUGGGCUUUGGAGACGUGACAGACUACGUUGGAUACAAUGCAUUGAAUGACUUCUUUCCAUCCAUGACAUUGAAGCCAAAUCCUCAGUGCGAUGAUAAUUACUGUCAAAAGAGACAAGAAGAAGCAGCAACUAAGAGGAAGCCUCAGACCAAAGAUAUGAUGAAGGAAUCAGAACAUGAAGAGAUAACCCAUGAAGACAAUACUUGGGGGAUAAGUGUAGUAGAGGAGUCAGGUGGAAGAGAAGAGAGUUUAUCAGCUGCCACAGGAGUGGAAUAUGCAUAUGCAAAGCCUUCACCUGCACUUCAAACACAAGGAGAGACUGACGGGAAGUACGUGUUGACGCUGGAGAUGUACGAACUGACUUUCGCCAACUUCGUCUUUGGUACGAACGAGUACGGGCCGGGACGGUACCUGUUCCCCUGCUGUCAUGGAUCUGCCACCCUUGCACCGUUCCCCAUCACACCUGCACCUGUCGAUCCGCCCCAGAGGCACCACGUGGAUCCCCUCAGAGACCCCGACCUCUGA